AUGCUGAGGAGAAGCCAUAUUGGAUCGCCCUACAAUCACGACAUGCGAUUUGAAACUCGCAAUGCCGAGGACGUUCACAAAGACGCCCUUGCAGCAGCCCUCGCCGAGCACGAGAGGGUUCGAGCAAUUGCAUUACGCGCCUACGAAUUGAACGAGCUGCGGGAGGCACAAGAAAGGCUCCGGCUGCAAGCUUUACAAGAGGAGGAACGCGUCCGGAUUGAAACGGAGCGCGCGAAGGAGGAGUGUAGACUGCGAGAGAUCGAGAACAAGAAGAAACAAAUACCAGUCCCGGCACCGAGGGUCAAAACCCCUCCUCCCCGCGCACCUUCACCUCCGCCACCCGCUGUUCAAGCUCCAGCCGCUCCAGCGCCAGCGGCUCAAGCACCGAAGCCUCAAGUCCCGGCUGCUCAGAAACUCACAGCUCAACCAAACAACCAACUUCCCAAGCCGACCUCAAAACCUACGAGUCCUGCAGAUCAAACUCCUCCUCAAAAGGCUCCGCAGCCCCAGCAGAGCUCCGUAACCACGGUGCAGCCUCCCUCAAAAGAACAGACAAAACCGGCUCCCACACAACUAGCUCCGUCGGCCUCCAAGAAACCCCCCCAUAUUCUUGCUGACGUCGAUCGCUACACGGAAAUUCACCAAUCUCUAAAGAAGUUGAGAGCAACGAUCGUCAAUGAAGGAAAGCAGAAUCUCCCCUUUAAGAAGAAGACGGGGGAGAUGCGCCGAGCAAUCAGGACUUCCAUGGGUCAAUUGACGGGGGAGAAGGGGUCCAAUAAACAACCUAUGGCAAAAAUUGUUGCCGUGCUUAAAGAAUCAUUCCAGGUUGGCAGCCCUGGCGUUGAUCCAAGUAUAUUCAUGGUCUCAAAGCCCGGUCCCAGCCAACAGGAUGUCAGGAACAACGGCGAUGAGCUUCCAAUGUUAUUCAUAUACCUUCUCAACCAAUUUGCGAAGGCGGUCGUCGCUCAAUUUGUUGACGAAGCUGGCGUGUCGCCCAAGGCUGCUGAACCCAUUGGAAUUGUCGUGGCAUCCAUAUUUUCCAAUCCCGAGUUAGGCUGGCGUGGACACAGCCUGAUAGACAUUCUGAUGGCUAAAAUGCGGGUGGCAUGUCCUGUCUUGUGGGGCAUCAGAGGAAGCGAAAGGACGGAGGAAGGACGAGCGAGGUUGGGAUGGAAGAAAGAUGAUGAGGGGAAUUGGAUUCCGGAGCAGGUUCACGUCACUCGAAUGACUGGUCUCGGGGCCGGGUAUGCUGCUAUUUCCCUCCGAGACUUCUCAAAAUCCCGAAAUGAAAACCCUUGGCCGCCAUGGCAUUACUGGCGGGCAAUGGCAAGCAUCACCUCAACCCCACCCUCCGAGGCAUCAUCAACGCAGUAUGUCGUCCUGAAGUCCAUGGUGGAGAAUUACGAGCAAAGGUUCUUGGGCUUCUAUGGGAAUGCAGCACUGGCAGCAUUGCGAAUCGCUUUGGUAGAUUUUCCCGGUCGCGCAGUUGAGCGAAGCGCGGCCAGUAGCGCGUUGGCGGUGUUAGCGGAUAAACUCAAACGGGAUAAGGGACUUGAUUUGAUGAGUUAG